AUGGAUAUACUGAUGAAGGCGACGGCUUCCGGCCUCCUCCUAUGGCUACUUUUCAUGCCUUGUGUGUCGCCUAUGCUUGGAGUUGGACUUGAAGCGGAUGAAUGUUGGGUCCUAAGUCGUGUGUACUACUAUUAUUGCAUGAGGACUGCCAAAUGCAGGAGAGCUUGCCAAGAGCACCAGUUCAUUGACGGGCGUUGCUGGUGGAAGUUUCCUUAUUUGGUGCCCUUGUGCGAGUGCUUGCGCCCAAAAUGCACUCCUCCGACAGUACUAGAUCCUUAA